AUGCCUCGAGAACGAUUUUAUCAGAAGUUAGGCCUCGACUUGGUUCAAGCCACUCAAAAUGAACUGGAUUUUCUACAGCAGGUGGACGAAUGUCCAUCGCUUUACAAGAGCUCGGCUCUAAAAAAUGCUAUCAGACGAUAUGAAGUGUUUUGGUUGCCUCUUGCUGCCAGAGAGGGUUAUGGGAGCAGAUUCCUCGCCGCUCCAUUAGAUAUUGCAUGGGUGUGGCACGUUCAUAUGUUGUCGCCGUAUAACUACGAACAAGAUUGCCUCAAUUGUGUCUCAAAAAUAGUCGACCAUGUUCCUCUUGGGGACCUUGAACGCAAACGCGGUUUAGAAAAAGCGAGGUACCUGUGGGAAAGGGAAUACCCAGAUGAGCCGUUUGAAAUCGAUUUAUCUCAAUCACAGAUUGUACAGGUGGAUUGCAACAACUCUAAGAUUCAAUACGAUUUAGAAAGAGGAUGUUACCGCCAGUCCAAAUUCUAUUAUCAAGUAUCUUUGCCUCAUUACAGAGAUGCUAAAUUUCUAGAGAAGGCUGUUGAGCGAUAUGAACACCAUGUUAUGUUCAACAAACAAAAUCCAGAGGUAUUUGUCGUUCCAUGUUACGAUUUCGAUCUUAUUUGGCACGUGCACCAGCUUCAUCCGGUAAACUACAAUGAAACAACAAAGCGUUUCCUUGGACAGGUGUUACACCAUGAUGAUUCUGCAACGAGCCGCAGUCCAGGAUCUCUGCUGUGUGACUCAGAGGCAAAGACAAGAUCACUGUGGAAAGCUGCAGGUUUGCAAUUUGCCUUGCCGGGGACCAUGUACAGAGGAGAUCCUCCGGACCCUCUUCCUCCAAGAUCAAGGUGGUCGUACGUUCCACUUGCUCGCCGUGAAUAUGUAGUGGACAUUCUUCAGGUAGAAACAUUCAAUAUGAAUAAGAAAACGUUUCUUAUUCAAUUAGAGGACCCCCAACAAGAUGAAAUUUUUUCACACAGUUUUCAAGGUAAGCCGUAGCUUAACCCGCCUACAAUAUUACCAAGAACGAGCGCCAUGGCCCUUGUUCAAUUCACUCCUUUAUGUCUUCCGACUGAUAUCAACAGAUGUUUCUAGCAUGCAUUUAUCCGAACAAACACAUCAACUCAAGGCCCAGGGGGUGAAAAAUUCAGUGAAACUUGGAUAAGCGGUCACCCUUUGGGAAUGUCUUAGGGCCUGUUUACAUGGAAGUGGGGAACCCCAGGUAGGUGAGGUAACCGGCUUAGGUGGAGUGAAAAAAUAACCCUCCUUUACAUAUAAUCUUACAACCCCGCCACCUCGGGGUGCACAUUUUCAAGAUUAUUGAAUGAUCGCUAAGCACGUAAACAAGAAAAAUGCUGCAAAACCUCGUGUUUUGGCGAUUAAUGCUCUUCUACACUCACGUGCUGCUCUUGCUGCAACCUUCAGUGCUGUGGCUUUCUAUUGCUACCUUUAAUAAUGAUGCAAAGCCACCGCCAAAAUGAACUUUGCUCGAAUUUGAUGUAUUCCGAAUCCGACCCCUGCUAGGCGGGUUACCCCACCUUGAAACGUUCACAUGCAAACUUUGAACCCGGCUGAGAGGGUCACCCGGUCUGGCAGACCGGGCUACCCACCUAGGCGGGUCACCCCAGCUAUCACGUAAACGUGAUCCAAGUAAAAUGAGAGAUUAUAUGGACAGGUGGGUUACCCCACUUAAGCGGGUUGCCUCACCUACCUGGGGUCCCCCAUUUCCAUGUAAACAGGCCCUUACUGACCGCUUCAGGUUGACCAGAAAAUGCAGGAGGUCAAAGAGCGAAAUAUAUAUCCCACGACAAAUUGACCUCCAGCUGUUUCCACCUCUUCUUGGGCCAAAAGAAAGAACGUUAAACUUGACGCCAUACACAGUGCGACCUGUUGCACUAGUAUGGCACGUCUUCUGAAAGUGACCGUUUGAUAGAGGUGAAGACAAUAAAAAAUAGAUCUAGAGAGAUUAAGAGUCACGUUUACGACAAACGGAAAACAUCAGAUUCAAGGUUGAGAAUUUCUCAGAAUAAAAUUUGGAAAAAUAAGCCGAUAAAAACUGUCCAAAAAAAUUCUUAUAGAUAAAACUGGCGUAAAACUACUUAUUUUUGAGUACAAGUAAUAAACAGAAAACGGGUCUUGUGGUACAAAUUCACGUUUACCGUUUGGGGUAAAUGUAACUCUUAUAAGAGUUUAAGCAUCACGUAUACGGCAAACGGCAAACUUCAGAUUCAAGUUAAGAAUUUCUCAAAACACAAAAUGAGCAGAUAAAAGCAGCUAAAAACAAUUCUUAUGGAUAAAAAAAUUGCGUGAAACUACUAAUAUAUGUGUUGAAAUAAUGGAAAGUAAACGUGGAACAAAUUCACGUUUGCUGUUAGACGUAAACGUAAUACAGAGACCUUAAGAUCGAGGUUUGCGAGCGCUUGAGAUGACGAACAUUUUCUGUCCGUUUCGUUUGUUAGCAGUGGCGGAUCCAGGGGAGGGGUCCAGGGGGCCCGCCCCCUUACUUUUAGACCGAACUGGGGCCCGAAGGGCCGAAAAAAAAAUUGAGACGAGGCCCCCCCUUAUCUCAGGGUCUGGGUAACCGCCUCCUCCCCCCCCCGCCCCUUCCCACUCUCCCCUCCUUUUCAGAGGGUCUGGAUCCGUCACUGGUUAGUUAUCACCACUCUGGAUGUUUUUUUCCGUUGAAAUAACUCUAAAAGUUGUUUUGAUUAUUUUCCUUUGAAGGUAACCGUGCGGUGAAGAAUCUAAACACUAAGCGCUUCAGUGUAGAUAAUGGCGAAAACCACACACUCACAGCUAAGAUAUACCGCAAAAAGUUACUUUUGCAAAGUGAUUUUAUUGCUCAAUCCUCCGUGAGUGUGCUAACAUUCCUCGAUGCUGCUCCAGUCAGCGGGGCGUUAACUGCAUCUGUUACGGUUUCCUUCAAAGAUGACGAUGGUCAGUAUAUGGCACAGAUAACGAUGAUAAUCAGUCCUGCAGCUGUUCAAGAAUACAACUUUGAAUUUAAAACUGGCAGUUUCUAUGCUCAUAAGCAUCCCUCGGAGGUUCUUAAUAAUCCCCAACUUGUGCUGCCUCCUAAAGAUCUGGCAAAACCGAUGUUGGUGUGCAGUUCAUCUUCAGAACAAAUAGUUGAUUGGAGAGAAGCUGAGGCGUUCAACUAUCGUAUAGUCCAUUCCAGUUAUGGACUGAUAUCUGCUGUUGAGGUCCUAAAUCGGGAACAGCAAGUCGUUGCUUCAGCUCAUACCAUCAACCAAAGUUUAUUGCCUCAGGCAGAAGCCGUUCAAGAUGCAAACAAGUGCAUAGUCUUGAAUCAAACGGAAGGCGAGAGAGCCAUGCUUAUUCGAGGAGAGAAUAAAGACUGGGGCGUGUGUAUCGGAAAAUGGCAGGAGGAAAUUACACCAAAGGAUGCGAAAAAAUACGUAGUAAAUAGGUUCGUUAGCAUCAGGUUUUUUAAACUGUUUCGUGAACAAGGUUGGUGCCUUGUGAGAAAAUCGGGCGGAAUCUUUGUGAUUAAAGUGGACUCCAACACGGUGAUGAGACUGAACAUGACGAACAGCAAAGUGUACAUUUCUCCACACGCUCAAGCCAUUCCGGAGGUUCUGGCUCUUUCACUGUCAAUAGCUGUUCUUCAUCUGCUCUGUAUGCCUUACGUGCCUCAAGAAGGGUUGGAAUCAAGUCACGAUGACCAGAUAUCCGUAAGGGAUCCGAUCAUAUCACCCAUGUUACUCGCUGCUGGUUUCUAUUGUCGUAUUGUGCCCACUAAUGUGUACAUGAACCGCGUACUCGGUAAAGAUUCCUGCGCUUCCUGUGGAGGCUACUAUGGACUUGCUACUUAUGAUUUCAACGAAGAUCCGGUUCUUGAGUGGAACAAAGGACCGGUAAGCAGAAGGAGGAGCUCGAGUGAAAGUGCUUCAGGAAAAGAUGAUCAAGAAGAAGAGCUUUAA